CACAGACACAGAGAGAGACUCCUCCUCAGUCCACUCCUCCCCUAUGUCUCACUCAAUUUACUGUAGAACCUGGCUGUCCCGUGGCCAAGUUGUUCUGAUUGUAACACCACUUAGGGAAACGGAAGUACGAUCGACGGUCGCUGCCAACGUCAAUCACUAACGUCGCCUCACCGCCGUUUACUAUUUUCCCUCUCUUAAUAACACAUAAACACACCCCACCUCUCUCACUCUCUCUCUCCAUCCUUACAGUUCACGCCAAAAGCCUGUCCUCAGCUCAUCACUCUUCUCUCUCUGGAAUUGCAAAUGGCCCCCGUCUUCUUCCCUGCUUGCAGUUGCACCCGUCUCUGCAUUUCUCCAUAUUAAACCCAAUUUCUCAUUGCUUCUACCUCUUUUUCUUUCUCUUAUUUUUGGUUCGACAAUGGAAAACAGAGCGCUGUUGCAGAACAAGUUUUCUAUUCUCUCAGUAAUGGCCAUGCUCUUUCUUUUCUUCCAGGUUGUUCUACCACUCUCCGACGAAGGAAAUGCGCUCAUGUCGAUUAAGGCUUCUUUUAGCGAUGUAGCCAACGUGCUUCUCGACUGGGAUGCUGCGCGCAACGAGGAUCACUGUUCUUGGCGAGGCGUCAAUUGCGAUAACAUUACUUUCUCUGUUGUGUCUCUGAACCUGUCGAAUUUGAAUCUGGGUGGGGAGAUUUCACCCUCCAUUGGAGGCCUGAAGGUUUUGCAGACCUUAGACUUGAAAGGAAAUAGAUUAACCGGGCAAAUCCCAGAUGAGAUUGGCAACUGCGUUUCUCUUAAAACUCUGGACUUGUCCAGUAAUUCUCUUUAUGGUGAUAUUCCUUUCUCAAUCUCCAAACUCAAACAGCUUGAAGAUUUGAUUUUGAAGAAUAAUCAAUUGACGGGCCCAAUACCUUCAACUUUGUCUCAGAUUCCAAAUCUCAAAACUCUGGAUCUUGCCCAGAACCAGCUUACAGGUGAAAUACCCAGGUUAAUCUAUUGGAACGAAGUUCUGCAAUAUCUGGGGUUUCGAGGCAACUCAUUGACUGGAACGUUGUCCCCUGAUAUGUGCCAAUUGACUGGCCUUUGGUAUUUUGAUGUGAGGGGGAAUAACCUUACAGGAACAAUCCCUGAUAGCAUUGGAAACUGUACCAGUUUUGAAAUCCUGGAUAUUUCGUACAACCAGAUUACUGGGGAAAUUCCUUACAAUAUUGGUUUCCUACAAGUGGCCACCUUGUCACUUCAAGGUAACAGGCUUACAGGGAAGAUUCCUGAAGUUAUUGGUCUAAUGCAGGCUCUUGCCGUUCUUGAUUUAAGUGAGAAUGAACUGGUUGGUCCAAUUCCACCAAUACUUGGCAAUCUGUCGUAUACAGGGAAAUUGUACUUGCAUGGAAACAAGCUUACUGGAAAAGUUCCACCGGAGCUGGGGAAUAUGUCAAAACUUAGCUAUUUGCAGCUGAAUGAUAAUGAGCUGGUUGGUGGAAUUCCUGCAGAACUUGGGAAGUUGGAGGAACUAUUUGAACUAAAUCUUGCAAAUAACAAUCUUGAAGGACCCAUCCCACAAAACAUCAGCUCUUGUUCAGCUCUCAACCAAUUUAAUGUGCAUGGUAAUAGGCUAAGUGGUUCCAUUCCUUCUGGAUUUCAGAAUCUAGAGAGCUUAACCUAUAUGAACCUGUCUUCUAAUAAUUUCAAAGGUGGGAUACCUGUUCAAUUGGGAAGAAUCAUCAAUCUUGAUACACUGGAUCUAUCUAGUAAUGAUUUCUCAGGACCUGUUCCAUCUUCUAUUGGUGAUCUUGAGCAUCUUCUAACCCUGAACUUGAGCAGAAAUCAUCUCGAUGGGCCUCUGCCAGUAGAAUUUGCAAAUCUCAGAAGUAUCCAAAUUAUUGAUAUGUCGUUCAACAAUCUCUCUGGUGCAAUCCCUGAAGAGUUGGGUCAAUUGCAAAACAUUGUUGCCCUUAUUCUGAACAACAACAACCUUCAUGGUGGAAUUCCACCUCAGUUAACCAAUUGUUUCAGCCUUGUAAAUCUGAACAUCUCUUAUAACAAUUUAUCAGGUGUUAUUCCUCCUACCCGAAACUUUACAAGGUUUCCACCGGAAAGUUUCUUGGGAAACCCAUUGUUGUGUGGGUACUGGAUGGGGUCAUUAUGUGAACCGUAUGUGCGAGAAUCGAAAGCCAUUUCUUCCAGAGCUGCUAUUGUCUGUAUAACAUUAGGCUGUGUGAUGGUAGUCUCAAUGAUUGUAGUUGCAAUUUAUAGAGCCAGCCUACAGAAUGAAUUCCUGAAGGGAUCAAACAGAACUAUGCAAGGUCCUCCAAAACUUGUCAUACUUCACAUGGACAUGGCUAUUCACACCUAUGAAGAUAUCAUGAGGAUUACAGAAGAUUUGAGUGAGAAAUACAUAAUUGGCUAUGGUGCUUCAAGCACUGUUUACAAAUGUGUACUAAAGAAUUCCAAGCCCAUUGCCAUCAAGCGACUUUACACUCAGUAUCCGCACAACUUUAGAGAGUUUGAGACUGAACUAGAAACCAUUGGCAGCAUUAAACACCGAAACCUUGUGAGCUUGCAUGGCUAUUCACUCUCCCCACAUGGAAACCUCCUCUUCUAUGAUUACAUGGAAAAUGGGUCCCUCUGGGAUCUCCUUCAUGGACCAUCAAAGAAGGUUAAACUUGACUGGGACACGAGGCUGAAAAUAGCAGUUGGAGCUGCUCAAGGACUUGCCUACCUCCACCAUGACUGCAACCCAAGGAUUAUCCACAGAGAUGUUAAAUCCUCAAACAUCCUUCUUGAUGAGAACUUCGAAGCACAUCUCUCUGAUUUUGGGAUUGCCAAGUGCAUUUCAUCUGCGAAAACCCAUGCCUCGACUUUUGUAAUGGGUACAAUUGGCUAUAUUGAUCCAGAGUAUGCACGCACCUCCCGGUUGAAUGAGAAAUCGGAUGUUUACAGCUUUGGGAUUGUUCUUUUGGAGCUGCUGACAGGGAAGAAGGCUGUUGACAACGAGUCCAACUUGCAUCAACUGAUACUGUCGAAAGCAGAUGACAAUACAGUGAUGGAGGCGGUUGAUCCAGAGGUAUCUGUGACAUGCAUGGACAUGGGGGCUGUUAGGAAGACCUUUCAACUUGCGCUGCUGUGCACAAAGAGGCACCCAUCUGACAGACCGACCAUGCACGAGGUCUCACGGGUUCUGGUCUCCUUGUUGCCACCUCUAAGCUCGAAAUCUUGCACAGCCCUUCCAAAGCCUUUCAACUAUACCCAGUUUGUGGUGAACAAGGAAGGAAAGCAGAAUCAGCAUCAGCAGCAAGAUAACAACAACAGUUCAGAUGCUCAGUGGUUUGUGAAAUUUGGCGAAGUUAUUUCUAAGAAUAGCCUAUAAAUAGAUUACUAUCAUCCACAUACUUGAAAACAGAGGAGAUGACUGAUUUUGUUGAAGCGGUCACACGUUGGUCUUACAUCUAGGUCGGUAGGGAAUUUUGUAAAAUCUCACUCAGAAAAGAACAGGAGAAAAUCAACAGAAGAAUACCUUUUUGAUGUAAUUUUACUGUUAAACUCGUCUCGUAUCCUUGUACAAUUGGACUUGCACGAAGCAGCAAUAUAGGAUGGGUUAAAUGAAUUUUGUUUAUCUUCUCUUCUACCAAGUUAAUGUAUUUACAUGGUUUUGUGCUUUUUGCUACGAAGUUGAUGUAUUUUCCAUGGUUUUUGUGCCACAAUGUAAAUGUCUUUCCAGUAUCCAUAUUACAGGAAGCAGCAAUAUUGGGUGGUUA